GCCACCUUGCACAGUCGUAUCAAGAUGGCCGCCUUCUGUCCCAAGUGUCAACACGUGCUUCAAGUUCAAUCGAAAUAUCGUAUUAUUUCACUAAAAUUCCAGAAUCUUAGUAUUAUUAACUAUUUGUCAUGUCACUAAGUGGGAUCGUUAUGUGUGUCGUACCGCUCAGUGUAUUUUUACGUUGCAUUUAGUAUUGAUUACGUUUAAACCUCUUACUCUACAUGUGAAGUAUCAAUGUGUUUAUCACUAAUAUUGUUGUCCUAUAUAGUAAAUUAUUAUUUCAUAAUUUGAGCUUAUCUCAUGCAUAGGCAUCGUGUAUUAUUGCUUUGUUCAUCAUGCAGUGAGUAACUGUGGAAUAACUGUGUCUCACGUUUCAUCGACAGCAUUGAUAAUACAGGAAUAUUAUCACGUGUUGUCUCCGUUAGCAACCUAACGUCGCAUCGUUAUCCAGUGUUAUACAUGAAAUGGCGGAUCAUCUACCUACUACCACGUGCAUAGAGGUUAUGUGGACUCUUAAUGUUCCAUCAAGUACAAAGUUUCAUCGAAGAGCUGUUCACUCUCAGCGACUGUAUCAGUGAGAUUUCUAGGAGUCAGCGUUUUUUCUGCAUGGUUUUCAAGAGCAUACUGUGCAUCCUCCAAUUCUUCGUCACAAUCCUAGCAUUUACUGGUCGUUUCUUUAUUUAUCUUUUCAUGGUAUGAUGCGCCACUAUACUGGCUCACUCUACUGACUCAUUCACCAUUUGAAGUAAAUGAUCUGUUUCAUUUGUCUUGCUUCACGCUUCUUUUGCCCUCACAACGUUUUCUGAGAGUGUUAACAAUAUAUAGAUGUAAUAUAUAGUCUUUGCUUUUGAUAUGUCAGUGUGAAAAUCUUCAACCUCAAAAUGUCAUUUCAAAAUAGGAAGCGAAGAGCAAUUUGCUACAAUUCAGAAACAGACUCGGAAGUCGAAAAUGACUUAACCAAAAACAAACGUGAUUGGAAGAAUGGAAAAAAAUUGAGAACACUAAAUUCGUCCGAAUCAGAAGAUUCCGAUGUUCACGGAGAGACAACAUGCGGAAAAAUAAUCUGGUCAUAUGAAAAUUUGAAACCCCAAGUGCAUAAAUUUGAUUCCCACAAUUCUGGCAUGUCAAUCCAGCUUAAUCGAUCUGCAACUCCGAUCGAUUACUUCCAACUGUUUUUUUCUGAAGAAUUAGUGUCAUUUAUUGUGGAAAAAACGAAUGAGUACCGCAAAUUCAAGAUGGACAAUUCUAAGCGCUCUUUCCUAAAACCUCACGAAAGAGAAACAACAUUGAGUGAAAUAUAUAAUUUCUUUGUAAUUCGUUUACUAAUGUCGCGAGUAAAGAAAUUACAUUUUUCCGAAUAUUGGACAAAGGAUAAAUUUUUGCGAACCGAUGUUUUUGGCAAAAUUAUGAAUAGAGACAGAUACGUUUUUCUAUUACGCAUUCUUUACUUCAGUAAAAUUGAGUUAGUUAAUUCCGAUAGACUGAUAAAAAUUAGAGAAUUUUGUAAUAAACUUUGUCGUUCCUUUCAAAAUUGUUUUAUUCCAUUCCGCCAUUUAUGCGUGGAUGAAAGUUUAUUGCUAAAGAGGCGGUUAUCAUUCCAGCAGUAUAUCCCGUCCAAACGGAAUAUGUUUAAUAUCAAGUUUUUUGUAUUGUACGACUGCAAAACGGGAUUCGUACUAAAUUUUGUUGUAUAUGCCGACAGCGAUUCCGAAAUAACAAAAAUGAACGAAAAAUAUCUAGGAAAAUCGGCUGAGGUUGUACUCACAUUAUUGAAUUCAUAUUUAGGAAAGGGGCACACAUUGUUUGUUGACAACUGGUAUACCAGCCCGACCUUAUUCAGUUAUUUACAUGAUAAUAAAACUAACGCGUGCGGCACCGUAAAGUCGCGAAGAAGAGAAAUGCCUGUAAUGAAGGAAAAACUAGACAAGGGUGAAAUAUGCUUCCGAUCAUCGCCUAAUAUGCUCGCUCUCAAGUGGCAAGACAAACGGGAGGUAUAUAUGUUGUCAACUUCCCACUCCGCGGAUUAUAUAAAUACUAAAAAAAUAAACUAUCAGACCGGAGAAAUUAUUCAAAAACCGUCUUGUAUUGUUGAUUACACUGCCAAUAUGGGUGUGGUCAACAACAGGGACAAAGUAAUAUCGAGUGUACAAUCAGUCCGAAAAAGUGUUAAAUGGUAUAAAAUAUAUUUUUUCCAUCUGCUUGAUGUGGCAAUCUGGAACGCGUAUUGUUUAUAUAAGCUUCAAGAGAAAGAAAAAGUAACAAUGCGAGCGUUUCACCUUAGAUUACUUAAAGAAAUUUUCGAAAAAUUCGGUUAUACGAAUAAUAACAUUAGCUCUAACAAAUCUAUCGCAGAUCAUCCCUUCAGACUAAGCGGAAAACAUUUUCCAUCGCACUGUAGGUCCACAAAAUCUAAAAAAGCGUUACGAAACUGUAUCGUAUGUUCAAAGAAUGAUGUAAGACGAAGAUCGCGCUAUGAGUGUGAAGAUUGUGACGUGGGUCUAUGUGUCAUACCGUGCUUUAAAAUAUAUCACACUCAAUUGUAUUAUUAAUUAUUAAAGUAAAUUAUUAAUCUCUU